CCCAGAAUGCUGCCCGAAAGUCGUUUCAGGACAUCCGGUGAAGAGGAGACGGCGGAGAUAAGCAAGACAGGUCUUCUCAUAGCGAAUCCAUAAAUACUGAAUUUUAUGCUAAUUUGAAAUAUAGGUUACGGCAUAUCGUUGUUUUGCACUUCUUGAACUAACUGUCACCCGAGAAGUACAAUGAUCCGCUUCAUACUGAUCCAGAACCGUGCAGGCAAGACCCGGCUGGCCAAGUGGUACAUGCAGUUCGACGAUGACGAGAAGCAGAAGCUAAUCGAGGAGGUGCACGCUGUGGUCACGGUCCGCGAUGCCAAGCACACCAAUUUCGUGGAGUUCAGAAACUUCAAGAUCAUCUACAGGCGCUAUGCCGGCUUAUACUUCUGUAUUUGCGUGGAUGUGACCGACAACAACUUGGCGUAUCUGGAAGGCAUUCAUAACUUUGUAGAGGUUCUGAACGAGUAUUUCCACAAUGUGUGUGAAUUGGAUCUGGUGUUUAACUUCUACAAGGUGUACACCGUGGUAGAUGAGAUGUUCCUGGCAGGAGAGAUCCGGGAGACGAGCCAGACCAAGGUGCUGAAGCAGCUUCUCAUGCUGCAGUCCCUGGAGUAGGCGUUCCGCUCGGACGGCCCAUUCCCCUCCACGGUCCCCAAUCGGCUGAUACCCCAGGAAGGCCCCUGCUUAAAUCGACACUGAGGGACAGGCCUUUUGACCCGACCCAUCCACUUUAGCGGCGUCCCUGUUCUGCCUUCCCAGAACCCAGUUAGAUUCAGGACUUGUUGUGCUUUUCUUUUUCCUUUUUGUGCAGUGUCAUGCUAUGCAGUUGAAUGGAGCAGCAGUAUCUCUCUUCCCCCCCCACCCCCCCCAAAAACAAAACACUACUAUGGCUAAUAAGCACCACAGUGGCAAAGGGCUGCCUGCCUGCCCGCGUCUCGCUGUCCGUUCGUAGAAUCGGGUCCGCUGACAUCACAGCUAGAUUUUAGUAGACAUGGGAGUUUACAGCAUUUACAAUUUCACAGUUUAAAUUUAAUGUUAAAUAAAAAAAUUACCACCCCUAAUUCGAUGCUUAAUAUUUCUACUCGCUGGCUCUGUUAACUGGAUGAAGGCUGUGCGGUUUCAUGCUAUAGCUGGUGUUCAUUAGUUUGGUCCAACAUAACUCCCUCAUACCUCAAAGAAAAGGGGGGGGGGGUGCCACUAAGUGGGAAAACCAGCUGCUGAGAUGUGCCCUGCUUUAUUCCAUGGGACACGUGCUGUGUUUGUUGUGUAAUUCAGACUCAGUGUUUCAGCCAAUGAGGGAUCAGGGAUAGACUGGAGGGAUGGUGCUGAGGCGGGGCCUUAAAGAUCUGACACCAAUCACCUGUAGCCAUUUUUCUGUCUGUAUUGUUUGGUCCCCCUUUGGAUAAUCUAUAAUCUCACUGCUAGACCUGAGCUGUAUACAUCAGGUGAAAUCAUGGUGGGCUAGAUCUAACUCGUACUUCCUUAGCCACCCCUCCCUGCACAGAUGUGAAAUAAUCAAGUACCUAUAUAAUGAAACUGCAAAGGAACAAUAUUAUUCUGGCCUGCAACUGCAAAACUGGGAUAGAGUGAAUCACCCAGCGGGUGCACCUGAAACCAGGUCCGGGCAGAUUGUAGAUUAUGUGGGUCGUUAGUGCGACUAAAAAGAUCAGCGACACUUGACUCGGUUACGACGUUUAUAACGCAGCUCUAAAAGCCGUCCGUGGCCGUUGGGCUCCAAGCCGGUGCUGUAGGGGGAUCUGUGCUCGGAGCCAUGAGACGGCCAUCGCCCUUCCGCUGGGUUUGACCUUGUGCUUGGCCAGGUCUGUUAGUAGUGUGUUCAAGGAUGCUGCCUUGACCGCCACCGGUUGGCGAAAAUCAACAGCAUGUCUUCAUUUCUGGUCGCCCCAGUCACUCCAUAUAAUUGCUCAUUCCUUCUGCCAGCACACUUUAUUAAACUACUAAUCAGACCCUCGAUUAGUUUACUGAAGCAUGCUUGGUGGUGAACCAUAAGUCGAUGGCUAGGGGCCUGUUCAGGAAUGGAUCGGAACAGGCUGGUCCGGACUUCAGCCAAAUGGCAAACCCACCUUUUCUGCCCACUAUGGUGGAGAGGACUAAACCGUUUCGCCAUACUGUCUGUUCAGGCGCAGCCAGCUACACGCAGCAAGUUUUCCAUGUUGCUUUUAGUAUUUUAUUUUUUUGUAUUGAAUGGGUCAUGUACAUGUAGUGUUACCCAUGGCUUAAGUAGUGAUUCCCAGUACUACUCGUUUCCCCACCACCAGCAAGUGUGUUGAUGAGUGUUGCAAGGUGCUAUUGUCAUUAUCCUGUUGCUGAAGUCUAACGCUAUUCUCUUCUGUUGAACAUGUGUAUAUAUAUACAGUAAAAGUAAAUGUAAAAGAA